AAACAACCAAACCAAUUAUCAGAUUAAUCAAAAGAAGACGACGACCAUCUCUCUCCUUCUCUCUCUCUCUUCCUCUCUCUUUGAAUUCCCUUCGUUUCUCUCUGAUCCGGCACCGCCCUACUGGAUCUCUCGUACCCGAAGAGAGCCCAGGGUUUCCAAUUUCAAAAUUUGAAGACUCCUAGGGUUUGGAUUCUCCGAAGCUUCUGGGGUUUCAAGUUUCAAUUGUGUUGAAAUUUUUGAAUUUGGGGCUGCUCGUGGGGUAAUUGGAUCUGGGAAAUUGGGAAUUGAGGGAGGUGUGUGGAUUUGGAUGAGAGAGGAGGUUGGUGGCGUAUGUGUUAGAAGGGAUUUUGGGCUUGUCAUUCGGAGUGGGUCUCGCUGGGGCAAAUGUGGCUAGUUUAGUUUUCUUCUUCUUCUUCGUGCAAAGCUCUUAUAUUUAUAAUUCGUCGUUUUCUUUUGAGUCCGAGUUUUGUUCAAUUACUAGAGGAGCAAGAAGGACAUGCAUGCAGAUCACCCAAAGAAGGACCUGAAAGAUAUGGACUUUUUCACUGAAUAUGGGGAUGCGAAUAGAUAUAAGAUUCUUGAAGUCAUUGGGAAGGGAAGCUAUGGGGUUGUUUGUGCGGCUAUUGACACACAUACUGGGGAGAAAGUUGCAAUAAAGAAAAUACAUGAUAUAUUUGAGCAUAUCUCUGAUGCUAUUAGGAUUCUGCGUGAAGUUAAAUUGCUCAGGCUUCUAAGACAUCCUGAUAUUGUUGAAAUUAAGCGCAUCAUGUUGCCACCGUCAAAGAGGGAGUUCAAAGAUAUUUAUGUAGUUUUCGAGCUCAUGGAGUCAGACCUUCACCAAGUUAUCAAGGCUAAUGAUGAUUUGACCCGCGAGCAUCAUCAAUUUUUUCUUUACCAGAUGUUACGUGCUUUGAAAUACAUGCAUACAGCAAAUGUAUAUCAUCGAGAUCUUAAGCCAAAAAAUAUACUGGCAAAUGCAAAUUGCAAGCUCAAAGUUUGUGAUUUUGGACUAGCAAGAGUUGCCUUUAAUGAUACCCCUACAACAAUAUUUUGGACAGACUAUGUUGCUACAAGAUGGUAUAGAGCUCCAGAACUAUGUGGGUCAUUCUUUUCCAAGUACACACCUGCCAUUGAUAUAUGGAGUAUUGGCUGCAUCUUUGCCGAGGUAUUGACAGGGAAACCAUUGUUUCCUGGUAAAAGUGUUAUUCAUCAAUUAGAUUUGAUCACUGAUCUCCUUGGGACACCUAAGCUAGAGACCGUUUCUGGAGUUAGAAAUGAGAAGGCAAGGAAGUACUUAACAGAAAUGCGGAAAAAACCUCUUGUGCCGUUUACACAAAAAUUUCCAAAGGCAGAUCCUCUGGCACUCCGCCUAUUGCAAAGGCUAUUGGCUUUUGACCCGAAGGAUCGACCAACUGCUGAAGAGGCACUAGCUGAUCCUUACUUCAAAGGUCUAGCCAAAGUUGAGAGAGAACAUUCUUGUCAGCCUAUUUCAAAGCUGGAAUUUGAAUUUGAAAGGCGAAGAGUCACAAAGGAGGACAUUAGGGAACUAAUUUACCGGGAAAUACUAGAAUACCAUCCUCAGCUACUUAAGGACUACUUGAAUGGAACUGAAGGCACUAGUUUUCUCUACCCGAGUGCUAUAGGCCAAUUCAGAAAGCAGUUUGCUUAUCUUGAGGAAAACAGUGGGAAAAGUGGACCGGUUAUUCCUCCAGCAAGGAAGCAUGUCUCCCUUCCACGAUCCACCGUUCACUCGAGUACAAUUCCCCCUAAUGCACAGCCAAAUUUGAUCUCGUAUGAGAACCGACAGGCAGAAGAGACUUCUAGCAGUUUUAGAGUAACAGAUGCAAUUUCUGGAAAUGCAUCAAAGGUUUUACGGCCUCCACCAAGGGUCCCAACAGCAAAACCUGGACGAGUUGUUGGACCAGUUCUUCCAUAUGAGAAUGGCAGAAAUAUCAAGGAAACCUAUGAUCCGAGGACGUUCUACAGAAACACAGUUCUUCCCCCUCAGUCCGUCUCUCCACACUGUUUCUUGAGAACUCAUACUGCCAAUCAAGACAAGUCCGGUUUGGAGAUGCGGAGGGAUGCAGCACAUGAUAAACUGCAACCCCAGCCAGAACAACGCAACUUAGCAGCAAAACCUGCUCCUGGCAUGGCCAUUGAAGUCAACACCAAUCCAUACUACCCACCACCCACGAAGGCAGAUCACUUACAUGUGAUAGAUUCAAAACUGCUGCAGGCGCAAUCUCAGUUUGGUCCGGUUGGUGCCGCAGCCGUUGCUGUAGCUGCUCACAGGAAUACAGGAACUGUGCAGUAUGGAUUGUCUUAGGUGGGUUUAAGUGGGGAUUCAAGAGGGGUAAGAGUCCAUGUUUAGAUUUGAGGGGAGGGUGGAGUGAU